GUAAGUACAAUUAAUGCAUGCAUAGUAUGCUGUAAGAUACGGAUUUGGCGGACAUAUUCACCCCACUUUUGGGCCAUUUUCACGGAUAAUUAUGCUACAGUCCAUCGAGAUAUCAUGUAGGUGACACCCUGGUUGUCUACAGAGAUGGCAAGACUAUGGAUUUUAGUCUUUCUAUGCUGUUUACGAGCCCAAAUUCGAGCACUGCCAGAGCUCCUCUUUGCCAAUCGGAAAGACAUCCGAAUCAUCAACUUUGGAUUAAACAACGAAUCCACAACAACGACCACUGUCAUCGACCGUCUAGAAGAUGCUGCAGCUGUCGACUUCCUUUUCUCAGAGCAGCUCAUCUUCUGGACUGACGUCAGCAUCGAGAUGAUCAAAAGGACACGCUUCAAUGGGUCCCAGAUCCAGGAAGAUAUCAUCACGUCGGGGUUGACCGCCCCCGACGGGUUAGCUUGUGAUUGGGUCGGGAAGAAGAUUUAUUGGACGGACACUGAGACCAAUCGGAUUGAAGUGAGUGAAUUGGACGGGACGUCAAGAAAAGUUUUAUAUUGGAAGAAUCUGGACCAGCCGAGAGCGAUCGUUUUACAUCCGGAAAAUGGGUUGUUAUUCUGGACCGAUUGGGGUGAAGUUCCGAAGAUCGAACGAGCCGGAAUGGACGGCUCUGAAAUGUACAGAAUGGUUAUCAUCGACACAAAUAUCUAUUGGCCGAACGGCUUAACGUUAGACUAUGAAGAGUCCAAGUUGUACUGGGCCGACGCUAAAUACAGUUAUAUUCACAAAUGUGACUUUGAUGGAGACAACAGGGUGCAGGUCCUUCAGGGGUCGUUGCCGCACCCCUUCGCUCUGACGUUGUUUGAGGAUAUGUUAUUCUGGACGGACUGGGAGACGCACUCGAUACACGCUUGUAAUAAAUUAGAAGGGGAGGAUCUGAGGGUCGUCCACGAGAAUAUUUUCUCGCCGAUGGAUAUGCAUAGUUUCUCAGCGCUGAGGCAACGAGAAGUUUCGAGGCCCUGUGAUGUCAACAACGGAGGAUGCUCCCAUCUAUGUCUGAUGGCACCAGACCCGCCCCUCUUCACCUGCGCCUGUCCUACAGGGGUACGUCUCCUGAAUGAUGGGGUAACCUGUGCUGAUGGUGCUCAAGACAUCCUCAUCCUCGCUCGACGGAGAGACAUCCGUAAGAUCUCCCUAGACACGCCCGACUACACCGACAUCGUAGUUCCGCUAGACGACAUCCAGCAUGCCGUUGCCAUCGACUAUGACCCUAUCGAUGAGUUUGUGUACUGGACUGAUGACGAUGUGAAGGCGAUACAACGUGCUAAACUAGACGGAUCAGAGAGCGAGUACAUCAUAACGUCCGAUAUCGAUCAUCCAGACGGUAUCGCCAUAGACUGGAUUGCAAGGAAUCUCUACUGGACAGCGACAGGAACGGACAGGAUUGAAGUGUCUCGUCUCAACGGUACCUCAAGAAAAGUUAUUAUCUCUGAGGACCUGGACGAGCCGAGAGCCAUCGCAAUCGAUCCAAUAUCAGGGUACAUGUACUGGAGCGACUGGGGUGAGACUCCUAAGAUUGAGCGGGCGUACCUGGACGGCAGCGGGCGGUCCGUUCUCAUCAACACCUCCGUUAGCUGGCCCAACGGGAUCGCUAUCGACUACAUGGGAGGGAAGAUCUACUGGGGAGACGGGAAGGAGGACCGGAUUGAGGUGGUGGAUAUGGAUGGAAGGAACCGGAGGGUGCUGGUCGACGACCGGAUACCCCAUAUAUUCGGCUUCAGUCUUCAUGGUGAUUAUAUUUACUGGACGGACUGGCAACGUCGGACCAUAGAGAGAGUCAACAAACACACCGGAGAGGAUAGGCAGAUGAUCAUGGAGAAACCUGACGUCAUGGGUCUGAAAGCUACCUCAGUCAAGGGGAAAGCCGGUCACAACCCGUGUGGAGAUAACAACGGAGGAUGUAGCCACCUCUGUUUCUUCCUCCCCACGGGCAUCAUCUGCUCUUGUCCAAUCGGAUACGAGCUCCUUGCCGACCAGCAGACUUGUAUCAUCCCAGAGGCCUUCCUCCUCUUCUCAUUGGCUAGUGACAUCAGACGAAUCUCUCUGGAGACCAAUCACAAUGAUGUACAGAUCCCGCUGACUGGUGUGAAGGAGGCCGGAGCGCUGGACUUUGAUAUUAAUGAUAACCGAAUCUACUGGAGCGAUUUUGAUUCAAAGACUAUCAGUCGAGCUUUCCUCAACGGCAGUGGAGUGGAGAACGUGAUCGAGUUCGGCCUGAACUUCCCUGAGGGUAUGGCCAUUGACUGGGUCGCCCACAACAUCUACUUCUCGGACACGCUGACCAACCGGAUUGAGGUGGCCAGGCUGGAUGGGUCAGCUAGACGUGUCUUAGUGUGGGAGGGUUUGCAGGCACCGCGCUCUAUAGCUCUACACCCAGCUGAGGGGUACAUGUACUGGUCGGACUUCAGCGGUCAGUCACAGAUCGAGCGGGCCUACAUGGACGGCACUCAUCGCAAGGUGAUAUACAAAGGUGGACGAGCCAACGGGCUGACCAUUGACUACAUGGAGAAACGUUUGUACUGGACAUCGUUGGACACCAACACCAUUGAAUCAGCAGACUUGUAUGGUGGAAACCGUCAGCGAGUCAUCCCAGACGAGCUCCCCCAUCCAUUCGGACUGACCCAGUACCAGGAUUACAUCUACUGGGCCGAUUGGAGCACUCAGAGUAUCGAACGAGCCAACAAGACCAACGGUCAGAACCGGACUCUCAUCCAAGACGGCUUGGAAUACGUACUCGAUAUACUCGUCUUUCACUCAUCUCGGCAGUCUGGAUGGAACGAGUGCGCUGUUGACAACGGCGGCUGCCAAUACCUCUGCCUAUCCCACCCAAAUGACACCACGGGAGAUUGGGACUACGUCUGUGAGUGCCCGACACACUACACUCUCAACGAAGACCUACUCACUUGCACACCACCAGAUACAUUCCUACUCUUCAGCCAGAAGAAUACCAUCAGUCGCAUGGUCGUCGACUACAAACUCAGUCCAGACGUGGUCCUGCCCAUCUACAGCUCACGCAAGUACACUCGCGCCAUUGAGUACGACGCGGCCGAGAAACGCGUAUACUGGAUAGACGGACGGGCCAAGACCAUACGGAGAUCCUAUGACAACGGCGUCCAGCCUGAGGUCUUUAUACCCAACUACGGUGAGCAGCAAGUCUUUAGUCCAUAUGACAUGGCCAUCGAUCCAUACACCCGUACCUUAUUCUGGACGUGCUCAGAGACCAACAUGAUCAACAUCACUCGCCUUGAUGGCACUCCAGUCGGCGUAGUCAAAGGAGACGAUAACCAGAAACCCAGAGCGAUUGCUUUGAUUCCAGAAAAAGGUUUGAUGUUCUGGACCAACGUUGUCCGAACACAACACAAGAUCGAGCGAGCGUCUUAUGACGGCACGGAGCAUACCGUCCUGUUUGGUGACGGCCUAGGGGAGCUUGGACCCAUCACCACCGACUCUGCCAGCGAGACGCUCUUCUGGGUCGACACCCUACUCAAGAGAAUUGAAAGUGCUCAUAUAUCUGGGUCGGACCGCCGUACCUUAGUUGAAGACCACAUCCUAUAUCCGAUCGGCCUGGCAGUCCUUGGUGACUUCCUCUACUGGGUAGACAAACAGGCUGAGAUCAUCGCAAGGGUAAAUAAAUACACCGGUGACGGCUGGGAGAGAAUUCAAGGGGAGACAAACUAUCUGACGGACAUCCAAGCUGUCGGAAUGCCACUUCAAGCUGAUCAUCCAUGCGUGGGAGAUAACGGUGGGUGCUCGCACAUCUGCAUCGCCAUGGGCGACGGCCAAUCACGCUGCUCCUGUCCUCUGGAUCUCGUCCUGCAAGAUGAUGAAAGCACUUGCGGAGAUCCACCCACCUGCUCCACCAAGGAAUUCACCUGCGUGUCUGAUAGUAACCUUUGCGUACCAUUGUCAUGGCGAUGCGACACCGAUUACGACUGCGACGAUCACAGUGACGAGGAGGAUUGUCCCUACUGCAACAAGAAUCAAUUCCGUUGCGAGAAUGGACAGUGCAUCGAUCUGAUCCUACGUUGCAACGCCAAGAACGACUGCCUGGACGACACGGACGAGAAGUUUUGCACCGCCCCGUGUCAGCCGAGCCAGUUCAAGUGUGAUAACAACCAGUGUGUUGAUAAGAUGAUUCCUGAGUGCGAUGGUGUUACGGACUGCAACGAUAGCAGCGAUGAAAAGAACUGUGAUGAAGAUCCAGAGGAGCCAGGCGUGGUCAGCAAACCUCAGGAGAUGUCCGGAGCGGUCAUCGGGAGCAUCGUUGCUCUCAUCUUCAUCGUCUUCAUCGCUAUCGGACUGGUCAUCAUCUGGAGACACUGUCGCUGUCCAGCCCAGCCUGGAGCUAGUAACGCUAGAGGGGUGACCGAUAACGGUCAGUACUCCACUGUGUUGAUGGUCAAUCAGCUGGGAGGGAGGGACUCGUCUAACAAGUAUCUUUCAGGUGCAGCACGCUGCAGCAACUUAAAGUCCACCAACCUCCACAGCUGCACUAAUGGCAAGAGCAGCAGCAGCAGCUGCGGCGGUCUCUUCGAGCGAGCCCACCCUACCGGGGCAUCGUCCUGCAGCUCCGAGAUGAUGAGUGUCUCUGGGAACAGCAACUACCCGAAGGAGACGUUGAACCCACCCCCAAGUCCGGUCACCGAUCGGUCGCAGUGCAUGGCGGAUUUGUAUUACUCACCGCAAAGUCCAACUGCCAGUAGAUCGUAUAGACAUUAUAAAAUGCGGAACAUCCCACCACCUCCAACGCCAUGCAGCACAGACGUCUGUGAGGACAGUGAACCCUAUGUGAAAACGCCACACCACCAAAAACAUCAUGCAACCCGGCGGAAACGGGGUAACAAAUACUACACUAAUGUAACAAACUUUGAUAUAACGUAUGAACCAGAACCCUAUCCUCCGCCUCCAACGCCAAUCAUGUCGGAUAAUAACUACGAGAGUUGUCCGCCGUCACCGUCCACGGAAAGGAGCUUUUUCAAUCCGUACCCGCCGCCCCCGUCACCCGCCACAGACUCGACGUGAUGCUGGAUUAAAAAAAGAGUCGCCCAUGGGUUCCUCACGUCAGGGUUGGUACGUUUCGUGGACUGGAUUCGCAUACAAUGCCAAUGCUUUGUUGUUCACCUGCAGUUGCGCAUUCAUCUGAGGGCGCUGAUCGGAUGAUCACUUUGAAUGCCCUUUGAUGGACUGGAAGGAAACUUUUGACGACGCAAAAACUUUAAAAAGUUCCUGUUAAAUUCAGAGGGGAAGGUUGUAUUGAUAACAGUUGCACCGGUUUGUAUUUUUUUCUUUUUGGGUCAGUACUUCAUAAACCAUUUUUGAUAUGUUGGACACAUUACUAAGGCAUUCAUUGGUUCGGGUAAAUUUGUCUGUUGAUACUCUAACCAAAUAGUGCACUCCUAUAGUGUCCGCCAUUCCUCAAAAAGGCAAAUUGAGGGAGCCGUUCAUAAAAUACCUUCGUUUACGCAAAGUCGGUGCGGGCUGUAUCCUUGGAAUAUGGAGAAGUUUGGGUUAAUACAGUCAGCAAAAAAGAAUUUUCACAGGGAACAAAAAAAUGAACUAGUUUUUAAACAAAUUUUUAGUGUUUGAAACAUUUCUCUGCAACUAAGGUACUGAGCAUUGGUGUGUUAUCCUUUCCCCCGAAAAAUAGAUCAUGAACAGUCUAGGUCAAUAAUUUGUUUUUUUUAAUCUUUAAGAAUUAAUGUUUUUGUUUGUAAAUAGAACCUCUUUUUGUUACGUUAACUAUUUAUACCUCAACGAAAUAUAUAUUUUUUAUUAUAUUUGAGUUUUGAUUUUGUUGUUGCGCAGAACGGGGGCGCUGUUAGCCUCGUAGAAUGGGUGCGUUGUAAGCCUUGCGUUCUAACGAUCAUGAAUUCAUGUUAAAUUGUGGUGAUACCUCAUUGUGUUUUUUUCCCACAAAAUGUAUUCAAUUUGAUAUCCAGUACUUUUUAAAAGCUCAAGCACUGACCUCUUGAUAUGACCUUUGACCUAGACUGUCCAUGUUUUAUACUUUACACGAAACGUACACACACCAAGUAUUUUUUAACUUCCCCCCUUACUUGUAACAUAAUAAUGUAAAUAUAUUUUAAACAGAGUUAAAAGAUAUUGAAUAUUAUAUUUAAAGACGUUAGAAGGAACAGCGCAGAGAAGUUAGCAACCCCCCCAAAAAAAAAUCAUCUGCGAUUGUUUUUUAUGGGUUGUUUUUACAGGCACUUUUUGCAAAAACGUCUGACCAAAUAAACAUUUUACGUAUUCAAGUAAACAAUUCCGAGCCAAAUUUUUGUAGAUUUUUUUUGUCUGCUGAGGGGGGCCUUUCCAAAAACGUUAAAGUUGCAUCCCAUGUUUCCCUGAAAGACUAAAUAAUUGCUACCGGUAUACAUUUUUACUUCCAAAUAGUGUCUCUUAAUGGUUAACACAUUAUUACUCAUUACCAGUACUGUCUCCUAUUUUCAUUCUGUAAUGUAAUAAACUACAAAAUUAUGAAAUCUUCUGGAUAUGUUUUGGAAAGAACAAUCAUGCCAGUACUGAAAAAAGUAGCCCUCUCUCAUUUGCGUUGAAGCUCUCAAAAAUAACGAUAGGUUGGUCGGAGGUGAAGCUUACUCUUUACCCUUUAACCUUUAACCUCUUGAAAAUCAUGCUUGAAAAUUUUAAAUAAUCAUCAGUUUUGACACUUGAGGACAAGUCAUUGAUCCCCUACAUCAUAUCUAGGUGGGUUCAUUUAAUCAAACAAAGAAAGGUACUAUUUUUUAUUUGUUUUUCAUCUCAUUUAUUUACUUGUUUUUUUAUUAAUUGUAUUCUUUUGUACCCUCUAUUUAUUGAUAAUGUUUGUUUACAUUUUUUGUUACAUCCAUCACAAUUUUGUUGUGCCAUAUCACAUUUUAACAAUGAUCUUGGAAAUCUUUCUGAUGCCUAAAUAAAUCAAAGAAUAUUAACAACUUGUUUUCAAAGACAAUUAAUCAAUAUUGUCCAUUUUCUUUAACUGUUAGCCAAAGUACUGAAAACUUAUUAAUUUCAAUAACACAGGGUCCAUAUUGUUGGAAUGUCUCCCUUUUUUAUGUCUUGGUUUUCUUCUGUUCAGUUCACCUAUUAAGACAAAUUUGAAGUCUGUCCCAGUAUCUUAGAAGGGCUCAUUGGAAGUUGGUAAGCACAAAUAUAAUUAUUCGCUAAGCUCAGUUAGCAGAAACAGAUCACAAGCGAAACGCCUAAACAUGUAUCACACAUUGUUGUUUCAGCAGCCGAUUUCACAAAGCGCUAGGAUUAAUCUUAUCUGGAGUUAGAACGAGUAACCCGUCCUAACUUAG